CGUCUCGGCCGUCCCGCCGUUAUCCCGGUGUUCCGGCGCGUUAAAGUGCAAAAAUUGGUUUGGUUAGGGAUUCCGGAAUCCGACCGUUCCGGCGAACCCUGGGAUCAACAGAGAUGCGCAUUGGGCCAUUGGCUGGAUAUUCCAGUGUGGUAUCAAUGCCUGGUGUCUCAACUGCUUAUGGAGAAGAUCAAGGAUGAGUUGAGCACUAUAUCUGAAACAAGAAAGCAUUUUAUCAGUGCAAGCUUCUAUGGGAUCUCAAAUUAAAACAAUUAAGCCUAAACGGUACAUUCUUUGAUUAAUACACACACCCAGUUGACGAGGACAAUGAGAUCAAGUUCCUCCAUACGGUGCACGAUUCCAUCGGAGAGAUAUAAAGCUCUCAGGUCAUGGAAGACAGCAGCAAUGGACUUUCAUUCUUCAAGUUUUUCUUACCGCGAAGUAGCUCAAAACAUUUGGAAAUUCCUUCGGCCUUCACCUUAUCAAUGCAAGGAGAUUGGCCAGAAAACAUAGUCCUUCAUGACAGGUAUAAUAAUUCAUGGCAAGUGAAGGUGGGGCAACAUCGGGAUAAGUUUUACUUGAGAGAUGGUUGGGAAAAAUUUGUUGAAGAUAAUUCUAUCGAAGGAGGGGAUGUAAUAUUUUUUGAAUAUUUUGGUAAUGGCGUAUUUGAAACCAAAAUCCAUGACUCAACCGCUUGUGAAAAGAAACGACUUGGAGCUCGUAAGUCUUCUUUUAAACAGCAAAAGAAGGUUCCGAAUGACACUUACGCGCUUGAGUGGGAGAAUACGCGUGAUGAGGUGGCGGAGGAAAUUCCUACCAACGACUAUGCUCCACACAGGAAAGACGACUACAGUUCUGAUGAGAGGGAAAAAGCCACUCGAACUAGGAGAGUUUCUGAUUUAUAUAGGGGAGAGGCUUUCCAAUCUGGAUUUGUGCAGCCAAAACCUCAUUUUGCAAGAAAAAUCAGCUCAAAGCGUAAGCGUCAACUGAGACUUCCUUCGGCCUUUACCUUAUCGGUGCAAGGAGCUUUGCCCGAAAGAGUAUUCUUUCAAGAUAGAUAUGAAAACACAUGGCAAGUGAAGGUGGAGAAAGUUCGAAGUAAGUUGUACUUUGGAGAUGGUUGGACAGAUUUUGUUGAAGAUAAUGGUAUUCGAGUUGGGCAUAUCGUCUUUUUUGAAUACUCUGGUAAUGGCUUAUUCAAAACCAAAAUCCAUGAUUCAACCGCUUGUAAGAAGAAAAGAUUUGGAGCUUGCAAGGCUGAAAAACACCGAAAGAAAGCUGUGAAUGAAGAAAGAGAGGCGCCAAAAUAUAUUGAAGAAAACCGUGAAAUUAAAAUGGAGAAUGAAGGUAAUGAUGUUGAUGAUAAUUAUGAGUUUAACUAUGAUAAUAUGGCUGAUGACGUGGAGGAGGAGAUUCCUACUAAUGACCGUGCUCCGGAGAUGGAACAAGAGACCACUACUGGUGAGAAGAAAAAACGCACUCGAACUAGGAGAGUUACUGAUAUAUAUGGUAGAGAAAUUUUCAAAGCUGGAUUGAUGGCUGUGCCAGUCAACCCUUAUUUUGUAACAAAAAUCAACACAAAGCGCAAGGGUGAACUGUAUAUCCCGAAGGAAGUGGUGCGUGACAACAUACUGGACCUUCCGGAAGAGAUAGUGAUGAUUGAUCCGCACGGGAGGACGUGGACCGCAAAGGGCAAGAUAUGGAAAGAUGGAAGGAGAUAUUACACAAGAGGGUGGAGAAGACUUUGCCAAAGAAACUUCGUUGAAGACGAAGAUUUAUGUAUUUGCGAGUUCAUAGAAACAGGUCAAUCGCUUAUUAUGGAUGUUAGUUUCGUUCGCGAGGAGGCUUACAACUACUACUAGUCUGAGGUUGAUGUUGGCGGUUUCUGCAGGUAAGAUCACAGUAUUAUGUAUGUUAGACUUUUGCCUUGGUUUUAAUGAUGGUUUAUGUACAUCACUAGAUAUUUUCGUCGUAAAAUUAUUCGAUUCGGAUUCAUUGGAUUUAUUAUUGUGA